AUGUACAUUUGUUCAAAAAAAAAAGAAAUGAGUCAUGUAAAAUCAUAUAGGUUCAGAAAAAAGGCACCCAAUUUAAAAUCAGAUUUAGAGAAUAAUAAGGAUAGUUGGAGUGAAUUUAUAAAAUAUAUGAAUAAUUUAAAAAACAUUUCUAAUUAUCCUUCGAAAAACAAUGAAGAUGUAUUUAAUUCGUAUAAUGAAGGAUGCAUUAAUAUUAAUGAAAACGAAUUGAAUGAAAAUGAUAUGAACGAAAAUAUAGAUGAUAUAAUAAAAUUAAAAAAAUGGAAUGAUAUACAAAUUGAUAAUCAUUCUAUUCAUAAAGAAUCUUCAUCAGACAUUGAAAGCAAUUCCAAUUCAUCUAGUAGUGUUUUCAGUUUUAAUAAAUAUAACAUUAUUCAAAACAAUAUAUAUUCAAAUAAUGCUAACUUUAAAAGACAAAGAAUUAAAAAUUAUAGUGGUGGUUAUAAACCAAAUGAAAAUUAUGAGAUUGAAGAAAAUGAUUCUUUCUCAUGUAUAAAAAACAAAAAAGGAUUAGAAUUUAAUGAUCACAGAGAUAAUAGUGAAAUGUAUAAGAAUAAUAAAUUACAAAAAAAAAUGUACUUCAAAAAUAAUAUAAAAAAUAAUCCAAAAAGUUCAUUAAAAAAUAGAAAUCAAGGAAAAAAAUUAAAUAUAAAUAAUCAUAAAUUACAUGGCACAAAUAUAUAUAGUAAAUUCGCAGAUGGCAAUAACAAAGAUGAAAGCGAUAACGAAAAAGAUUACAUGAAUAUAAAUACACAUAAACAAAAUAAUAAAUAUGAGCAAGAUCAUUAUAGUAGAAUAGUUCAAAAUAAAGAAAAAAAAUUAAAAAAAAAUCAUGUCAAAAAAAAAAAAAAAAUUGAAAAUAAUUUAGAAAUAGAUGGAUCGUAUGCAUAUAAUUAUGCAUAUUUAAAUAAAAACGAUGAAUCAUCAAUGUCUAGCCCAAUAGAAACCGUAAAUAAUACCAUAAUGAAUUUAGAAGAAGAAAUAAAUAAUUAUCAAUUUAAUAAUUUUAUUUGA